AUGGGUAAGCAUCUUCGUCUACAUGGUAUAAUAAAAGAAUACAAGCAAUGGAUUUUUCAUGGAGAAUCUAUUGAAAGAACAUCGGUGCAAACCGACCAAACAGUGAGAACUUCUCCGUCAAUUUCUACUUGUGACAACGAAGCCGAUUUAAGAGACCUCAUAACGGAUGCUCUAGGUAUCAACAUCCCAACUCUUAAUGAGAGUUUUGAUGGAUUUUCAAGUGAGUUUCAGAAUAAUGGUCGAGAGUAUGAUGUUAAUAAGGCCCAAAAGACUGCUAAGAGAGAAACUACUCUUCUAGAUGAUUGUGAUAUUCCGCUCUAUCCCGGUUGUGUCAAGUUCUCAUGCGUCUCAUUCUUACUUCGGGUUUACCACUUCAAAGCACUUUAUGGAUGGUCAGCAAAAUCUUUGACAUGUUUAUUGGAGUUUUUAAAUGAGGCAUUUCCAGAUGGAAACACAAUCCCGACUACAUACUAUGAAGCAAAGAAAAAAAUUUCUGCACUAAAUCUUGGGUAUUUGAAGAUUGAUGCAUGCCUGAAUGAUUGUAUGUUAUACUGGGGCGAUGCUAGUAAAAAGAUCAGUUGUGAUGUCUGUAAAAGCUCAAGGUGGCAAUCUUCUAAUGAGUUGGAUGUAGAUGAACAAGUUGAUGACUUGAAAAGAUUAUUUCAAUCCUCUAAGACAUCACAAUUUAUGAGAUGGCAUAAAGAAGGACGAACCAAAUAUGGUAUAUUGAGACAUCCAUCCGAUGGUUUUGCCUGGGAUGCAUUUGAUAAGAGGUUUCCUGAUUUUGCAUCUGAUCCUCGCAAUGUUAGGCUAGGGUGGAGUACAAAAGGCCGUGUUGCUUGCCCAAGUCAUGAAUUUGAUAGCACUAUAGAGUCUGGGGUAGCUCCUACACCACGAUCCGAGGAAGAUAUCUUAAGGGAAGUUGAAGGUGUCAAUUUCAUUUAUGGAAAAGGCCGAAAAAGGGAUAGAGAAGAACUAGAUGAAGGGUCGGCAGAACUCGAUGUAGACGAGGGGUGUGAUUUGUUUAACAACUUUGAAGAAUUGGUCGAUGAAGUAAAUCUCAUAAAUCAAGACGAGACUUUAUGGAAGAAGAGGAGCAUAUUUUUCGACUUGCCUUAUUGGCGUUACAAUCUACUUCGACAUAACUUGGAUGUCAUGCACAUCGAGAAAAACGUAUGUGACAAUGUCAUUGGCACCCUUUUAAAUCUCUCACUCAGUGGGAAAGAUAAUAUCAAGGCACGCAAGGACCUACAAGAUAUUGGCAUCUGA